AGUAAUAAUUAUUAUAAACAAAUAUAAUAAUUUAGCAUUUAGAAUUUCGGAUCUGGAAUGCGGGCCGGGUCGGAGCGGACCCGUCGCAUAGUGUGCGACGGUCGCACCCAAGAUCAGCUGUAUAAGUUUAGUAAAAGUGAUGAAUUAUUAAAUUUCGUCAUUCUUGCCCCCACAAAACACCCAUAACAAAUACAGAAUGAUUAAGAGUUGUUUCUAACUUGAAUUGGUCAAAAUUGUUUUUAUUUGUAUGCCUCUAAAAAAAUACCUAAAGAUUUUAUUUGAUUAUAUAAGAAUAACACAAGAAGCGGCUGCUUCUGUUGUCAUAUCGUUAUAUAUAUGAGUAGCGAUUACAGAAUAUUUGACAUAAUCGACCCAAAUUAUUGUAAAAUUAUAGUUCUACUACUAAAAUUAAUACGUACAUAGUAAUAGUUUGUACGUGAUUCUAAUAAUUACGUACAAUAAUUGUUGCAUAGGUAAAAAUAAAAAUAAAAAUAAAAAUAAUUGUUGUAUGAGCAAAAUAGGAGUGCCAUCUUCUUCCACUGAUAUCAGAUAAGAGAGCUGUGGUAAUGGCGGUGACAGAGGUGGCGCUUCAUCUCUACGCGCCUCCGUCCCCCUCUCACCGUGCUUUCCUCUUCCUACACGCCCGAAGCUCCGUUAUCAAUCUCCAUCUCCACCAAAUUUCUGUUUCCGAUCACCGGUUACUCCUCCUUCUCCGGCAAUGGCCGCUUCACAUCCGCCGGUGCCGCCGUUGGGACUCCAACGCUGAAUCCUACAGCACCAAAGACUUCAAUUCUGAUGUUGCGGACGAAAUUGAGGAUUUCGACGAGCAGUGGGUUGGAGCUCUUGAGGAUUACAUUGAUAGCAUCUGGAUUUUAAAGCUCUGCCCAUUGGGCUGUCGACGUUUGCAUUUGCAAUACAAAGGUUCCAGAAGCGGGGCAAGAAGAAGCCAAAGCGGAAAGACAAGGCUAAGAAGCAAAGAUCACGAUUCUAUAGCUCAAGAGAUGCUGGAUUGAGCUGAGUUUACGUGUUGCUGAAAACUUAAGAUAUCUUUUUAGGUAAUCAAUCUUAGAGAAUCGGAGUCAAUGAGCUGAAUCAGACGCGGUUGGAUAAAUUAUUAUUUGUUUUUUGGAAAGAAAGCAUAAAUCGGAUUGAAAAAAACUACUAUAUUUCCUGUCAAAUUUAGUUAAUGCAACUCUAUUGUAGGUUUGUUAAUCAUGGUUCAAGAGAUAUGUUAGCGCUAGUUGAGAGAAUGGGAGUCAAGCCCUCUCAAAUUUGGAUUGACUUUGUUGCAUAGUUUAAUCACAUACCUUUUUAUGGUUGAGAGGAGGGGGGGUAUUAUCAAGAAGGUUUCUGUUUAUGGUAUUGAUAUGAUUUCUUGUGUGACAGUAUAAGGGGACUCAGCUAUAAGGCUUCGGUUUGCUCAGCUUAAGUGUAGUCAUACAAUUAGUUGAAAUAUGUGCUAGACAUUCUAUGCAAUGAAUAAUUUGAUGGUAAUUGAUUUUCAGUAACCAGAUAGGCGAUCUUUUACACAUCUGACCGAGCAUCUUCUACUUUUCCAUCUAUAUAUGUGAAUCACAGGGUGUAUUAUCUUUUCGUGUGUGUGCAUUGUUAUAUUUCAGCAAGUCUUUUGGAUAGUCUCUGGAGAUUUUGUCAUUCUUGUGUUUUAGGUUCCAAAGAGUGAUUAAAUGUUCAUUUGAUAACUUACAUGUUUGUGAUUGCAUUUUACAUGUAGAUAUUGUUACCAGGGAUUAUAACUAUUUUACUCUGCACCUAUGCUCUUAUUCUUAACUUCUAACAGUUUGUGAUUUGGUAAGUUUUGCCUUUUGCAAGAGAUGCCUGACUUGGAUGACUUAUUUUCAGAAUCCGUAUGAAGAAGUUAUAAGCAGUUCUUAAGAAUUUUAUGGCUAUCACUCCCUUUUGUUAUGCUGCAUCUAGCUUAUUGCUGGUAAUGUAUUCUAAUUGUUAGCUCGGAGAGAGGUAUCUCCUCAAACAAAGCGUUCAACCAGAAGAUUUUGGAGCCAGGAUUCCAGUCACUGUGCUGACACCUGCAGAAUUAGAUGUGAAUCAGUCAAAGACGCAAGACAAGAACUUCGUUCAUGGGCAGAGUCAGGGUCAUUGCUGCAUAUUUCAGCCAAGUAUUGUCCCCUACAACCUCCACCUAGGUCAACAAUUGCUGCAGCCUUUAGUCCUGAUGGAAAGACACUUGCAUCGACACAUGGAGACCAUACGGUGAAAAUUAUCAAUUGUCAAACUGGAAAAUGCUUAAAAGUGCUGAGUGGUCAUCGGAGGACUCCUUGGGUGGUUAGAUUUCAUCCACUUUAUCCAGACAUUCUCGCUAGUGGAAGUCUUGACCAUGAAGUUCGAUUAUGGGAUGCAAAAACUGCCGAGUGUAUAGGAUCACGUGAUUUUUAUCGUCCGAUAGCUUCAAUUGCUUUCCAUGCUCAAGGGGAAAUUUUGGCUGUUGCUUCUGGUCACAAGCUUUACAUGUGGCAUUACAACAAAGGAGGGGAGGCUUCCUCACCAACAAUCAUAUUAAAGACUCGCCGUUCGCUCCAUGCUGUGCAUUUCCACCCACACGCUGCACCAUUUCUUUUAACUGCUGAGGUCAAUGAUCUUGACUCAUCAGACCCUUCAAUGACCCUUGCAACUUCGCGUGGCUACUUGCACUACCCUCCUCCUACUAUAUAUUUGGCAGAUGCACAUUCCAAUUAUCGAUCAAAUUCAGGAAAUGAUGUUCCUGUCAUGUCUGUACCGUUUUUAAUAUGGCCCUCAAUCAGCAUAGGCGAUGGAGCUUCACAACAAAGUGAUGUGGACAUGAGCUCUAGUGCUUCACAACAAAGGGUGGAUACUUCUGCCUCCGUACGACUGCUCACGUAUUCAACUCCAUCAGGACAGUAUGAACUAGUAUUGUCUCCUGUAGAAUCUAGUAGCUCCACUACACAAGAUGAGCGGCUAAAUAAUUUUUCAACAAGGGAAACAGGAAAUGCUGUUUCUGAGCAUGCAAUGGAUGCGAUGGAAACAGAUAUGCCAGUCGAAGCGAGAAGCAAUCAAUUUUUCCCAUUUGGUGACCCAGCAAUUGGGAGCUGCCAUUCUUGCAGGGAUGGUUGAUUGGUCAAAGCCAAGCCGGCCAACGUGCAAUGCACUCACAAAAUGGAGGCAGUAAUGAAGGUUUGCCUUCCCAUAGUGCUAUGGGGAACUUAUCAGCUGUGGUUCCUCCAGUAAUUCCUAGUACCGUUGGUAAUUUAAGGGUUCCUGGAAGAUCUGGCUCACGGCACCAGUCUUCACGCACCCGUGCAAUACCAACUUCCAGAUCUGGAGAUACCACUGCUAUUAACAAUAGCCGACCUGAGCAGAGCAAUUCACAGCCUUUCAUGAACCAAAUCCAGUCUGAGGUGGCCACAUCACUGGCUGCAGCUGCAGCUGCUGAGUUGCCUUGUACUGUAAAGCUUAGAAUAUGGCCUCAUAAUGUGACAAAUCCAUGUUUACCUCUUGAUUUAGAACGAUGUCGAUUAACAAUUCCUCAUGCUGUACUUUGUAGUGAAAUGGGUGCUCAUUUUUCACCUUGUGGAAGGUUUUUGGCGGUCUGUGUAGCAUGCGUUCUACCAACAUCGGAUGCUGAUCCAGGGUUUCAUAGCCAAAUUCAUGAUGAUACUGGGGCCUCGACAUCCCCUACUAGACAUCCGAUUUCAGCUCACCGGGUUAUGUAUGAGCUCAGGAUAUAUUCCUUAGAAGAGGCCACAUUUGGCUUCGUUCUGGCCUCUCGGGCUAUCAGAGCUGCUCACUGUUUGACUUCAAUACAGUUUUCUCCAACCUUGGAGCAUCUUUUACUUGCCUAUGGUCGGCGCCAUAGUAAUCUUCUUAAAAGUGUUGUCAUUGAUGGAGAUACAACAGUACCCAUUUACACUAUUCUGGAGAUCUACAGAGUUUCUGAUAUGGAACUUGUGCGAGUUCUUCCAAGUGCAGAGGAUGAGGUGAAUGCAGCUUGUUUCCACCCUUUAGUUGGAGGUGGGCUUGUAUACGGAACCAAGGAAGGAAAGCUGAGGAUCCUUCAAUGUGAUGGUUCACAUGGCUUCAGUUCCAAGGAACCCCGCAUUCCUGAUGAUAACAUGGUGGAGGUUCCAACAUUUGCAUUGGAAGGUUGAUUGUUAUUACUCAAAGGAGUUCCAUCAUGCACCUCAGAACUCGAUCACGGUGUUGUCUAGCAUAAAAAUUGAGGCAAUACUAUUACAAGAACAAGAAUCAGCCUCUUCUUUAUGCAAUCCGGACUCAUUCUUUACGAAGCAUGAUUUUAUGACGCGGAAACUCUCCUCCAAUCUGUCUUUUAAGGACUCCUUCGAUUUGUUCCAGCGAGCUUAACGGCUUUCAUGUUGGUGGCAGAUUGUUGGUUUUGAAUCUAACAACUUGUGAGAGUUUUAUUUUUGUGCAAUUGACAAUGAGCUAAAGAGGUAUGCUAGAAAGUAGAGAAGGAAAGGUAGUGAUGCAAUGGUGGAUUUUACAUUCUGUGUACAGAGAGAGCCACUGUCGCCGGCCAAAUUUAGCUGCUUAGAGUGUGGAUUCUUUGGGCAAAAUUCUGUAGAAUGCCUUGAUUGAUCAUAUUGAGAGGAGGGGACAAUUUUCUAUAUUCCCUUGUUGUAUAUUAACAUUCUGGUUUCUCAUGAAUGAAAAAUUUGUUUUACACUA